AUGGGUGAAAGUCAACCGCUGCUGGACAGCGAGGACCGCAGGAAGGAGUGUAAGAAGCCGUUCUACCGCCCCAGACCUAUGUGGAUUGUACCUUUUGCCGUUUUGGCUUCCAUUUCGCGGGGGAUGACUAUUGCGCCUCGUGUGGAGGUCUUCACUCAAUUAGCUUGCUACGCAACUUAUGGACAUCCACAUUACAACCACAGCACGAGUACGCUCGGACUGUCCUUAACCCCAUCUCCGCUGGAUCUUUCCAGAGCCGGGACCUUUGACACUAUAUUUCUUCGGACAUCCGAGACGAACGAAGAUGGUAAUGAUGAUGAUGAUACCGGUGAUGAGGACCCUCUGCGUGUCCCUUCCAAACGUUGUUUAUCCGAUCCUGCUGUUCAGUCCUAUGCCGCGCGGCUACAGACUAUCAUGACAACAACUAUGGGACUCCUAUCUGCUCUAACUACCGGUUGGUGGGGUCACUUUGGCGAACGUCACGGUCGCACCCGCGUGCUUGCUGCUGCUACAAUGGGAUUGCUCUUAACCGAUGUAUUCUUUGUACUCGUCUCGCUCCCGCGGUCGCCGCUCGCCGCUCACGGACACAAGUUGCUGGUCAUUUCUCCUAUCCUUGAGGGACUCUUGGGUGGUUGGACGACUCUGCAAAGUGGAACAUCUGCAUACAUUUCUGACUGUACCUCUGACGGCUCACGUGCACACAUCUUCUCGCGUUUCAUGGGCGUCUUUUAUUUUGGAUUUGCACUCGGUCCGAUGCUGGGUGCUUGGGUAAUCACACAUCCUCCUGCAUUCCUGCUGCCUCUUCUUCGAUUCGAAUCCGCGAGUGAGGGACGGACAGUGACGCCUGUUUUCUGGCUCGCCGUGUGCUUCUCCUUCACGAACUUGCUUUUGUCACUCUUUGUAUUCCCAGAGAGUUUGGGCAAGAAGAAACGUGCCGCAGGAACUGAUCUGGAUCCCCUUGUCAUAGAUGAAUCAGAAGACCAUCGCGAGGCUUCAAAAAAUUACUGCGGCGGCAUUCUGUCGGUUAUGAAGGGGUUGUUCAUGCCCUUGGUCGUAUUCGCACCGAAGAUUCGGCCAAAUGGAAGGGACUGGAAUAUGACGCUUCUAGCACUUGCGUUUUUUGGGUAUUUGCUUUCGUCUGGUAUCUUCCAGCUUAAGUACCUGUAUGCGGAACAUGUUUUUGCAUGGGAAGCGGAACAGUUGAGUUACUACAUUACAUUCGUGGGAGGCGCCAGGGCAGUCCACCUGCUGUUCGUCAUGCCCUUCAUUAUUUCGUGCUGCAAGCCGAAGCCGAAGAAGACUUCAACACAGCAGCAGGGCACCGCUGGCAAUAAGAAGCCGAAGCCAACGAAGGCACAGCUCAUCGCGGAGAUGAAGUUCGACCUUCGCAUCACGCAACUUUCUUACGCAAUAGAUGUGCUUUCGCAUACGCUGGUCUCGCUUUCCAGCACAUCCUCGACGGCUGCGGCGCAGGCUGCGUUUGUCGGGUUCACAGUGCUUAGUAGCUUUGGAUCGGGCGUCGUUCCGAGUAUGCAAAGCCUUUCGCUAUGCGUGAUGCAAACGGAGGCCGCGGAAGAUGAGCGCCUUGGUGUAGCGAAGCCCGCUGGAGCCGCGGCUACAGGUAGUCUCUUCGGUGCACUUGCAGUGCUCCAGGCAACGGGCCAGAUGAUUCUGGGCCCCUUGCUGUUCGGCCUUGUGUACAGCACGACCGUCGCGCAAUUCCCAAAGGGCAUCUUCGUGCUCGCGGCCUCCAUUCUUGCUGUAUCACUCUUACUUCUCGUGCAGGUACAUCCGCUCCGCUCUGCCGCGGAAAUGAGGAAACAGGCGCGUGUCAGGAAGAAGUACGGAUAUCCGUGGGAUGGCCCUGAGGUUGAGAGAGGCCGCUCGCGCGUAAGUAAGGAUCUCAGUGGCGCUAGUCUUCCAAAUGGCAGUCCCAGCAGAGGUGCUGCUACUUCCUCAUCUGGUGCCCUAGUCUACGGGAGCAUAUAG